AUGUCGUCACAAGCCCAGAAGCGAAAGCACAAAACACUGACAAUUAAAGAAAAAUGUGAUAUUUUAGACCGUUUAAAUCGUAAUGAAUCUUUUAGUAGUUUAGCAAGUGAAUAUGGCGUAGGCCGAUCUACAAUUUAUGAUAUUAAAAAAAAUCAUGAGAAGAUUAAAAACUUCGUAUCAACUACUGACUGUGGGCCAGGCAAGAGACAGACACUCAAGAAAGCUGAACAUCCAGAAGUGGAAGAAGCUUUGUACAUGUGGUUUCUUCAGGAAAGAAAUAGGCAUGCUCCAAUUUCGGGACCCAUGUUGGCCAUGAAAGCUAAGUUUUUUUAUAAGGAAAUUAUAAAAAAAGAUGAUUUUGUGGCUAGCAAGGGAUGGUUAGAACGUUUUAAAAGUCGUCAUGGCAUACGUUUAAUGACUAUAACAGGAGAGAAACUUUCUAAUGAUGCUACCUGCAUAGAGCCAUUUAAAUUAAGAUAUUUGCAAAAGGUGAAAGAUUUAAAUCUUAACCCAUCACAAGUGUACAAUGCAGACGAAUCAGGACUUUUUUGGCGUGUGAUACCAAACAAAACUUUCGUUUCCUUUAACGAAAAAUCCGUACCUGGGCGAAAAGUAAGUAAAGAGCGUGUAACCAUACUACCAUGUGCAAAUGCUGCGGUUAAAAAAUGGUUGAAAAAUCAUAAUUUUCCUCAAAAAGCGUUAUUGCUUAUUGAUAACGCUCCCGGUCAUCCGUCUGAAGAAGAACUGACAACUGAGGAUAAAUGCAUCACUGCGAUGUUUCUUCCACCAAACUGCACUGCACUGAUUCAACCAAUGGAUCAGCAUAUCAUUCAGUUUGUCAAGCAAGAUUAUAAAAAAAAUCUACUUCUGAAAGCUGUAUCAAAAGAUCAGCCAAUAGAAAAAACUUUAAAAGAAUUCAAUAUGAAAGACUUGGUUUUUGCUCUUUGUCAAUCGUGGAAUGCAUUACCUUCGUCAACUAUUACAUCGUCUUGGAAAAAGUUAUGGCCGGAUAUAGUCACCAGCCCUAGCAACGAUCCGCAAAUCAGUGUAACUUCGGAAGUAAUAGAGAAAGUUGCUGCUGAAACACAGAUAAGAUCGCAAGAUUUGGAAAUCUGGUACCAUGGAUUGGAUAAGGAGGAAAAUAUUUUUUAUGAAAUGUCUGACGAUGAGAUUAUAAAAGAGAUAUCUAGUAAUACAACCAUAAAUCAGGAAGAUGACGACGACGUAAUUGCAACUACUCCGCAAGUGAUAGCACAAGAUGCAGCUAACGCCUUUGAACUGGGUUUGCAAUGGGCUGAGGAGAAUGGUGCAUCCUACAACGAACUUUUACUUUUAAGAAGACUGAGGGACAGAGCAUUGGUCUCGCGUUUCAAUAAUGUUAAGCAAAAAAAAAUUGAUAAAUAUUUUCAUGCUUCAUAA